CAAAAAAGACGACGACUUUUGAAAGUUUUCUCGUUCUGCAUGCUUUACAAACACGUUGUAAUUAAACCGCUUUCUACUUUCCAUAGUCUAAAUAAAUACCUUCUAAGAUCGAUGGCUCAAACACCACCAGAUCCAACCCACAUUCUGCACAACCAAAGUGGACAAGUCACUGCUUUAGCUACGUUUCGGAUGAAGGAAGGAGGUGAAGAAACGCUCGUUAGUGGAUCGAAUAAUGGAGUCAUAAGUAUUUGGAAUUUGAAUGUAUAUCGAUCAUUCAAGACCUGGCAAGCUCACAGUGGGUCAAUCGUAUGGCUUGGAGCUUUGGAUGACAGACCUGGAUACAUAAUUUCUCAAGCAAGACAUGAAUCUAUAAUUGUAUGGAAUGAAAAAGAAAUAGCAGUUUAUCAUUUGCUUGUCAACCAUGAAGGGUUCUGCAAGUGUGACCUGUGGACAAAUAUCAUAGCCAUCCCUGCAGAGAAAAACUCUGUUCAUAUUUUCAGCAUUAACCAUACAUCGUCUCUUGAACGAACGAGCACGCUGAAAAUAGAUGAUGGUGAAGGGGCUCUAAUGGUCAUUAAAUUGUUGGAGCAACGGAGUAAAAUAGCAACCGCCUACGAAAGUGGUUGCAUUUGCAUUUGGAACGAGAACAUCGUACUCCAUCGAACAAGAGUCAAGAGCAUGCCAACCUGCCUAGGGCAUCAUGCCCAUCGUAAUGAACUUCUAUUAGGAACUUCAUGCGAAACUCUUUACAUCUUCAACGCAGACAACCUAACAGAGCUCAAAUCGAUCGAGUUGACCAAUCCGGGUCUGAACGCCAUCGCGCUCCGCCUAUCCGACUCUCGUGUCUACGCCACAGCCGGCUGGGACAAGCGAAUACGCUUCUUCAGUGCCCGAACUCAUAAAAAGCUUUGUGUCCUCCAGAUUCACGAGGAGGCCGUCAACAGCUUGGUCUUCAUCGCGGGCCCUGGCAGCGGUUUGUUGGCUGCCGGAGGUAGCGAUGCCCUGAUAUCUCUCUGGGAUGUCUAUAGCAGCUAGUGACGUAGGAGGCCACCAAAACCCUUGAAAGGCAA